AUGUUAGCCCUUGUUGACAAUAUUUUACGUUUAAUUAAUUUUAUUUUCAUGGUAAUCACCAUUGGUUUAGUUGCCGCUUUAUUGAAUACAUCAAAUCAUAAUUCAGGCCGUGUCAACUAUACAAUGUUUGCUGCUGCUUACGGUAUAACCGCAGAUUCAAUAUAUGGACUGUUUGCUAAUUUCAUAGAACCUUUGGCUUGGCCAAUCAUACUAGCAACAUUAGAUUUUCUGAAUUUUGUGUUUAUGUUGACUGCCGGCGCUGUACUUGCAGUUGGUAUCAGAGCACAUUCUUGUAGAAAUAAAGAAUAUUUGAACAGUAACAGUAUUAUACAAGGAUCAGAGAACCGUUGCAGAAUGUCACAAGCUGCGGUUGCCUUUUUCUUUUUCUCAAUGGCCAUUUUCUUGGCUAAAUUCAUUAUGAAUGUCAUCAAUGCUUUCACUAAUGGUGCUUUUGGAUCUCCAAUGUCAAGUCCAUUUGGUUCUAGAUUCUCAAGAAGGAGAAGAACACAACAACCAAUUGGUAUCGCCACAGGUGUUCCUAAUAUUUCUCAAGUAUAA